AUGGGAAGCGGCGCCUCAAAGCGCCGCGCGCGGCAAACCGAACAGCUGGCUGCAGCUUCCUCUACCACCGAAGCGGUCCCGCCGCCCGCUUGCCUAUGCCUUAACCUCGUGAAACCCCCAGUGGAUCUUGGCCACGUCAUUGGUCUUUUAGCCGCCUAUCUGGACCUUGCACAGGCCUCACACGCUGCCGCCUGGGCGGCAGCACCCUACCAGCUCGCACUCAUCGCGAUGCACGCCGAGGCCAUGAGCCGCCCAGAUCCUGUGCUCGAGCCCCUCUGUGCCACAAGGCCAUACUUAGUAUUGCGAAUUCAGAAACGGGACGACAUAGCUGCCGAGUCACCACCGCAAAUUGACGGGCAAGCCACACCUGGCGCGCCUUGGCUGCUCACUCAGCCCGCUUGUCGUGGAGUCGUGGACAUUUGGCCCGCAGCACAGGUGCACUCGCUCUUCGACAUCAUAGCUGCUAUUCAGCAAGCGGAACCCGGUCUCACCUUAAGCUCAGUCACGUGUCAAGCACUGGAUCCCAAACGCGUUGAUGUGUCAGGCUUGCAUUCAUGUAUGAAGCGUGCGCGGCAGGCCACACUUGAUCCCGACAUGAGCGCCAUCCCGGAUCUAGCCGCCUGGCUCUGGGGGCAGCCGCCCGCACACCUCUUGGCUUGGCUGCAAUUUCGCGGCCUGCGCACCCUGGCUUCAAUCCUGCCAGAGUCUCGGCCUUCAACGACCAGUCAUGGCUCGCGCGCGACUGCCGUAGCAGCCACACUGGAAGCCCUCGUUCUGCAAUGGCCUGACCUCGGUCCUCAAUUACUGAUAGAUGAAACGUUGCGCUUCCUGCAACACGACCUGACACACGUCUGGACGCAACUCAACAACGCCCUGGCCCCGAUUUUCCAAGACCACAACGAUAACAACGCCAAUAACUCUCAAGUCGUUGACAGCGAUGCAUCAAGAGACGCGCUUCACACCAUAGACGAUGACGCAAAGGCCGCUCUCAGGCAGGCGCUGAACCAUGUCUUGGCCCUCUUCCGUGGUCUUCUCCACCAAGGCCGCUGCUGCUUCGAUGAGGCCCUCUUGGAGGCCUGCACGCAUGCAAGCACGUUGAACAACGAACGCGGGGAAUGGAUGGCGACCAUCGAAGUGGCACUUGCCAAACUGCAGCCCCCGGAACAGCGUCAAACAUGGGCACGACGCCUGGCGAAGCUGCCACGCAGUACGUGGCCCGACCAUCAAAAUACUCGGCUCAGCCGAAUGCUUGAUGGUCUUGCAUAG